GUUGCGCUACUGUAUAUAUUGUAUCUUCGGUAGACUACUUUGCCAACUUGAACUCGCAAUUUUCAAAUGCAACCAGCAGGUGUUGCUUGCACUGUAUAACAUUUUGAUAUUUAGGUUAAUUUACUCGUAUAAUCAACGGAGUUAUAACUACAUAAAAUGGAGUAUAUUGAAGUUCCCGACAAUGCACAACAGAAAGGGAUGAUUCCCUGUUGUGAGUGCGGUAUCCCUAUUGAACCAAAUCCUGCCAAUAUGUGCGCAGGAUGUAUGCGCACCCAUGUUGACAUUACCGAGAACAUUCCCAAACAAGUGACCUUACAAUUUUGCAGCGGUUGCGAAAGGUACCUUCAGCCACCUUCUGAAUGGGUUCAAGCCUCAUUAGAAUCGAAAGAGCUCUUGUCGCUAUGCUUGAAAAAAUUAAAAGGAUUGAAUCGUGUGAAAUUGAUAGACGCUGGUUUUAUAUGGACAGAGCCACAUUCUAAGAGAUUGAAGGUGAAGUUAACUGUUCAUGCAGAGGUGAUUGGUGGAGCAGUCCUACAACAGAUAUUUGUAGUUGAAUAUAUUGUGAAUCAUCAAAUGUGUGAUGAUUGUCAUCGUAGAGAAGCUAAAGAUUAUUGGCGUGCAUGUGUUCAAGUCCGGCAAAGAGCGAUAAACAAAAACUUUUUUUAUUUAGAACAAUUGAUAUUGAAACAUAAAGCACAUGAGAAUACACUGGGUAUAAAACCGAUUCACGAAGGUCUAGAUUUCUUUUUCGCGAAUGAAUCCAUGGCUAGAAAAUUGGUUGACUUCUUGUUGAUGGUCAUACCGUGUCGUUAUCAAUCUUCAAAGAAAUUGAUUUCAUAUGAUUGUCAUAGUAAUAUAUAUAAUUACAAAUAUACAUUCAGCGUUGAAAUUGUUCCAAUCUCUAAGAAUAGUGUAGUCUGUCUACCACGGAAGUUGACACAACAAUUAGGAGGCAUUAACCCUAUCUGUUUGGUAUAUCGAAUCACAAACGCUGUACAUCUUAUAGAUGUUUCAUCAGGACAAAUUGCGGAACUUAGUUCGUUUAUCUACUGGAAAUAUAAUUUCAAUAGUAUAUGUAACCCGAAACAAUUGAUGGAAUAUAUCGUGAUGGAUAUUGAACCGAUAAAACAUGAAGACAGAAAAGUUUUUCCAGGACAAGGAGCUAUCUCCAAUAAGCACGUCAUAGCAGAUGUGUGGCUAGUGAAAGCAUCCGAAUUAGGGAUAAAUAAUCCAAUUCAUACUCGUACACACUUAGGCCAUAUACUUAAACCGGGUGAUUCUGUACUCGGCUAUAAUUUGAAAGAAAGUAAUAUUAAUGAUACCAAUUUUGAGAAAUUAAGUGAAGAUUCAAUACUUGAUAUCAUUCUGGUAAAGAAAUUUUAUGACCAUAACAAGGCGGCUCGUCGUAAGGCACGCGUCUGGAAAUUGAAACAUAUCACAAAUAAUGACGCAAGCAAUGCCAGCACAGAUAACGAAUAUAACGAAUUCCUUGAUGAAUUGGAAGAAGAUCCAGAAAUGAGGCAAAACAUCAAUAUAUUUAGAGAUUUUAAGAAACACAUCCCUGUUGAUACUAACGAAAUAGAUACGAGUAUUCCGCAAAUUACACUCGAAGAAAUGUUGGACGAUCUUGUAAUCGAAGAUUCUGAAAUGACCGAAGAUUGAUAAAAGAGUAUACUUUUUUAAAGGAAAUGAUCUUAUAAAUAAUGAUGAAAUGAUUGGAAAAAUGUACACGUGCGGAACGAUUUUUAAAAGUGUAUUUUAUUUGACAUUCGUAAAUAUUUUAUCGUUCAUGAACAAAGAUGAAAUAAUUCUAAAAGUAUUACGAGCAUCAAAAUAGAACGCAUCGUGUACAAAUUAUCGAUCGAUACAAAUAUAAUUUUUUUUGUAAUGUAUAUUUCUGAAAUAAUCGUUUAAUUACAUGAUAUUGUCCUGACGAUAUAUUUUAUGUACCAUUAAUUAUCAAUAAAAAUGUUUAAAAGUAAA